AUGGCCAUUUAUUAUCUGAGCAAAAAAUUCAAUGAACGUGAGUUGCGGUACUCAUUUCUAGAAACCUGCUGUGCAUUGGCAUGGACGGCAAAUCGACUCAAGCACUAUAUGUUGAAUCACAAAACAUGGCUCAUUUCCAGGAUAGAUUUGAUCAAGUAUGUCUUCAAGAGCCCGUUCAUACUUGGGAGAAUAGCAAAGUGGCAAGUCAUACUCUCACAAUAUGACAUAACCUAUAUGAAAAAGAAGGCAGUAAAAGGGAGCGUGAUAGCAGACCUCCUAGCAGAGAAUCCAAUCGAUGAUUAUGAGGCUAUAGACUUCGAGUUCCCAGACGAGUACAUCAAUGCAGUAAGUGAAGACACUGAGGGUAAUGGGAUUGGGGCAGUAUUAAUAUCCCCAGAGGAGAAACACUUCCCGAUAGCUGUCAAGCUAAAAUUUGAGUGUACUAAUAACGUGGUAGAGUAUGAAGCCUAUGUGAGUGGUUUGCAAGCUACCAUCGAAAUGAAAAUAAAGAAAUUAGAAGUGUAUGGAGACUCCACCUUGAUCAUUUACCAAGUCAAGGGAGAAUGGCAAACUAAAGACUCGAAACUGAUCUCGUACCAGAAGUAUCUUUUUGAGCUUAUUAAAGAGUUUGAAGAAAUCUCCUUUACCCAUUUUACCCAUGAUAAGAACCAGUUCACGGACGCUUUGGCCACUUUGGCAGUAAUGACCCAAAUGGAGGAAGGGCAAAUAUCACAGCUGUUGUAA